AAUUGAUUUUGGGAUCGUUCCAGUUAGAAGUCUGCGCAAAUGGUUGGCUUUCUGCUUUGCAUCAGGCAAUUUGGUACUUCAAAUGACUCAAAUUUCUGCAACCGAGGUCACACUCUUGCCAAUUUGUCCUGACUAAAGUGGUGUUUAACAACUGUGUGCUGGAAUCUUAAUAAGAUAAUCGAGGCAGGCCAAAUUGCCAACAAAUAAUCUAUUUUUUUCCCCAAGCUGACGAGUGAAAGGGGAAAAUACAGUGAUUUUUUCUGCGCAAGAUUCAUCAUAUCUAUAUAUUCGUAGGAUCAGCCUCAAUUAUUGAGCCAGGAGUCUUGAAAUGGAUUACUCCAUUCCCACUGUUGAUCUCUCGCCUUUCUUCAGAGAAAAUGAUGAGGAUGGCAAGAGGAAAGCCAUAGAGGUGAUAAGAGAAGCUUGCAGCACCUAUGGCUUCUUCCAAAUUGUGAACCAUGGGGUUCCCCCAACUUUGAUGCGCAGAUCCCUGGAAUUGUCCAAGACAUUUUUCAGUUUUUCAGAUGAAGAGAAACGCAAGUCUAGUCCAGGGUCCUGUGCUCCCCUUCCAGCCGGUUACAGCAGGCAGCCUCUAAACUCCCCGGACAAGAAUGAGUAUCUACUGAUGUUUCCACCGGCAUCUGCCUUCAAUGUGUACCCUGAAAACCCACCUGAAUUCAAAAAGGUAUUGGAAGAAGUGUUCUCCCAUUUAAGGAAGACGGGUUCGCUUAUAGAGAGCAUAGUGAAUGAGUGUUUAAAUCUCCCUCCCGACUUCCUCAAAGAAUAUAAUCAUGAUAGGAGCUGGGAUUUCAUGACAGCCUUGCAUUACCUCCCAGCUACUGAAUCUGAAGAUAAUGGGAUAACAGAACAUGAAGAUGGGAAUUGUGUUACAUUUGUUUUCCAAGAUGAAGUUGGAGGCCUAGAGGUUAAGAAGGACGAUCAGUGGAUACCAGCAACUCCUGCUCAAGACACAAUUGUUGUCAAUUUAGGCGAUGUUAUUCAGGUGCUUAGCAACAACAAACUGAAGAGUGCAACCCACAGAGUGGUGAGAGUGAAAGGGAAAAGCCGAUAUUCGUAUGCUUUCUUCUAUAACCUGCAAGGAGAUAAAUGGGUAGAGCCAUUGCCGCAGUUCAGCACGGACAUUGGAGAGCCACCAAAGUACAGAGGAUUCUUAUACAAGGACUACCAGGCAUUAAGGAUGAGAAACAAGACUCACCCACCUACCAGGCCUGAAGAUGUAAUUCACAUAACCCACUAUGCCGCCACCACCUAGCAAAAUACCAUAUCAUCAACCAACAUACAUUUGUUUUGCAGCUUUUGUUUCUAAAAGUACUGGUUUCUAAUCCUGGAAUGUGAAAACUAUUUGAAAUUGCCAUCGACAGUGUAACGAUGCAAUAUUUGGAUUAAUGAAAGUUGAUGAAACAGCCAGCGGCUCAGACUAUAUAAUAUGUGUGUUGACUUAGACUUAGUUUAUAAAUGAUUUAUUAUCUUGAGCUCAGCCAUUUUGUUUCUGUUAAGGUGUCAUUGUCGAGCUGGCUUGUCUGGUCUAUUUAUCAAGGGCAGGCGGUAAAAUAUUAGGGUGUUUAAGUCGUGGGAACCACAUAAAUUGACGCACAUAGAUGAUCUAUGCAAGCAUGCUUUCAGGUUCAGCUAA